GAUGUCUGUAGUAGGAUUUGAUGUAGGUUUCAUGAACUGCUAUGUUGCAGUAGCUCGAGCCGGAGGUAUUGAGACUGUGGCUAAUGAAUACAGUGACCGGUGCACACCAGCUUGUGUGUCAUUUGGGCCUCGAAAUCGCUCCAUUGGUGCAGCUGCCAAAAGCCAGGUGGUCACUAAUUGUAAGAAUACAGUCCAGGGAUUCAAGCGCUUCCAUGGCAGGGCGUUCUCAGAUCCAUUUGUUCAAAAGCUGCAAUCCAACCUGGUUUAUGACCUCUCACAAAUGCCCUCUGGAACAACAGGGAUUAAGGUGAUGUACAUGGAGGAAGAGAAGGUUUUCAGCAUUGAACAGAUUACAGGCAUGCUACUUACCAAGCUGAAAGAGACUGCUGAGUCUGCUCUGAAGAAACCUGUAGCAGACUGCGUCAUCAGCGUUCCAUGCUAUUAUACUGAUGCUGAGAGGAGAUCUGUCAUGGACGCCGCCCAGAUUGCUGGCCUUAACUGCCUACGACUCAUGAAUGAAACUACUGCAGUGGCCCUAGCAUACGGCAUUUACAAACAGGACCUUCCAGCUCCCGAGGAGAAGCCUAGAAUAGUGGUGUUUGUGGACCUUGGACAUUCUGGGUACCAGGUCUCAGUGUGUGCCUUCAACAAAGGCAAGCUCAAGGUGCUUGCCACAGCCUUUGACCCAGAGUUAGGAGGAAAAGACUUUGAUGACAUGCUGGUGAAGCACUUCUGUGAUGAGUUUGGGAAAAAGUACAAACUCGACGUGAGGUCCAAGCCCAGGGCUCUGGUCCGCCUUUACCAGGAGUGUGAGAAACUCAAGAAACUGAUGAGUGCCAACUCCUCUGACCUGCCGCUCAACAUUGAGUGCUUUAUGAAUGAUAUUGAUGUCUCUGGAAAGCUCAACAGAGGUCAGCUUGAGGAGAUGUGUGCCGGACUUCUGGAGAAAAUAGAGCCUCCUCUGCGCAGUCUGAUUGAACAAGCCAACUUAAAGAAUGAGGACAUUCACGCUGUGGAAAUUGUGGGAGGUGCCUCCAGAAUUCCAGCUGUCAAAGAGCGAAUCAGCAAAUUCUUCGGGAAGGAACUGAGCACGACCUUGAAUGCAGAUGAAGCAGUGGCCAGAGGAUGUGCCCUCCAGUGCGCGAUCCUGUCCCCUGCUUUCAAAGUCCGUGAGUUUUCCGUAACAGAGGUGGUUCCUUACCCAAUAUCUCUGAAGUGGAGCUCUGCCGCUGAGGAUGGUGUGAGUGACUGUGAGGUGUUCCCAAAGAACCAUGCAGCACCUUUCUCCAAAGUGUUAACCUUCUACCGAAAAGAGCCUUUCUCUUUGGAGGCCUACUAUAACUGCCCAAAAGAACUGCCAUAUCCAGAUCCCAUAAUAGGUCAGUAUGUGAUCCAGAAAGUUGUACCACAGGCCACAGGGGAGAGUUCAAAGGUGAAAGUCAAGGUUCGGGUGAACGUCCAUGGUAUCUUCAGUGUGUCCAGUGCCUCUCUGGUUGAGGUGCUGAAAUCAGAAGAGAGUGAAGAACCGAUGAACACAGAGGAUGAGGUACUAGGUCAUGGCAUAUACUUGUUUUGCAUUUCAAACAGCGGAAGAAGUAAAUAUAUGAUUAUUAAUAAAAUGCAAGUUGACCAAGAUGAUCAGAAGGCUCAGGGAGAUGCAGAGAAUGAAGAUGGACAGAAGAAAGAGACAGAAGAAAUGGAGAAAUCUGACCAGCCCCCACAGGCCAAGAAACCCAAAGUGAAAACAAAAGUACUGGAGCUUCCUAUUGAGAACAGUCCUCAGUGGCAACUGGCCAAUGAAAUGCUCAAUCUCUUUGUGGAGAAUGAGGGUAAGAUGAUCAUGCAGGAUAAGCUGGAAAAGGAGCGAAACGAUGCCAAGAACAAUUUGGAGGAGUACGUGUACGACAUGAGGGACAAACUACACGGGAUGUAUGAAAAAGUCAUCAGUGAAAAUGAGAGGGACACUUUUUCAUUAAAACUGGAAGACACUGAAAACUGGCUUUACGAAGAAGGAGAGGACCAACCGAAACAAGUAUACAUCGACAAACUGGCUGAACUAAAGAAACUAGGGCAACCUGUCCGUGAAAGGUACACGGAAUGUGAGGAGCGGCCCAAAGCUUUUGAAGAGUUGGGUAAACAGAUUCAGCACUACAUGAAGACUAUAGAAGCAUGCAAAAUCAAGGAGGAACAGUAUGACCAUUUGGAUGAAGCAGAGGUUCAGAAGGUUGAGAAGAUGGUUGAUGAAGUCAUGAUGUGGAUGAACAGCAAAAUGAACCAACAGAGCAAACAGAGUCUAACCGUGGACCCCAUUGUGAAAGUCACAGAAAUACAGUCAAAAACACGGGAGCUGUUCAGCGUCUGCAAUCCCAUUUUGACCAAACCAAAGCCUAAAGUUGAGGUGCCAAAAGAAGAUGCUCCAGCACAGCAGAAUGGUCCGGUCAACGGGCAGGACAGCGCUGAGCAGUCGACCGCUGGCAGUGACAAGGGUGCUCCCGAGAACACGCAAGCCACAGAAUCCAAGCCUGAGAUGGACCUGGACUGAUCACACUCCGCUAUGCCGUCAUGUUCCACAGUCUUGGCUUCUCCUGAGUCAUUCCAUCUCCCCCAUGCUUGGGGUCGUGAGGGCAAUCAGAGAAAUCUUGACCACAGAUGCAUGUAAUUUUAGUGAAAUAAAAGAUGGAAAACGUAUCGCGAUAAGGUCUUAGUUCUGACAAGCUUUGUGCUGAUGGUUGAGUGUCUGUGGUGUGCUCCAAAAUUUUGUGGGUCUGUACAUGUGUG